AUGCCUUCAUCCUCCUUGGCCUUAAAAAUGUGGAAAAUCCAACCACUCGCCUUCGUUUUAAAUCUCCUUUUCCUCUACACCCAAAUCUCUAUGGGCGCUUCACAAAAUCUUACCCUCCUCAAUGCGGAACUUGAACAUCAACACAAUCCGAAUAUUACCAUACUGCACGAAGUACACGAAGAAGGCUUUUCGACGAAAAAAGAUAAGCCACCAAAUCCCGAUAUUUUGCCAUUGAAGGUCGGCAAAAAGAAAGCCUAUUUGCCAUUGGAGAAACCUCUCAGUUCUCACGAAAAACCCAGACCCCUAAAAGAGACAGAUUUACAUCCAGUGGUAUUUGAUUUUAAUCUGGGAGAUUUGGAGGAUCUGGAGCAUGAAAAUUUCAAAAAGAAAGAUUUAAGUGCGGAGGAAAAACUUUUGCUCAGAGAUACGGAGGCAGGAAAUUUGCAAGUGGGCUCUACGCUAACCUACAGUGAAGAUGUUAAGAUACCCGAUGCGGAAACACUGCAGGAUGAUUUGUCGGUGCAGGUGGACAUAAUUACCACAACUAGUACGGAAAAGCCCACAACAAAUUUGGAGAUGACUUCGACGCCCUCCACCACCCUAGAAUAUAGUUCAACAACUGUCAGUCCCCAUAUUUUGAAACUUUUCAAAAUGAAAUCGAACAAAAAGGGAAGAGAACUAUUGAAGCAUGAUGAUCUCCAGCCCAAGGGUCAGCUGAAUAAUCACAAUAGCCUGAAUCACUAUUUGACCCCGGUGGAUACGAGUGGUGGGAAUAAUCAGUCUGCCGAAAGCCUACAAUUGGCAAAUGUUUUUCAGAUCAUGACAAAUCUCUAUGACCAUUUCUAUUGGCAGACAUCGGAUAUAAGGAAUAAGGUGUCGACGGGAUGUGGUCUGGAAAUGCAGGCCUAUUUGACGGCGUUGCAUGGCAAUUAUCGAUGGGCGCAGUCGGCCUAUGAUGCCUCUGCCCGUUAUCGAGGUCAACUAUUGUUUGGUAAUGACAAAUGGUUGGGUCAACGGCAAUUCUGCUAUGAACUCAAUCGCCAAUUGGAUCCGGAGAAACGUAAACAUUUCGAAUUUGAAUUCUAUGUGGCCCUGAUUGCCUUCAAAUUGCAAUUGCCGGACAAAUUUAUGGCAAAUUUACAGAUCGGAGAAUGUUUACCGAAAUCGUGUACGGCUCAGGAUGUACAACAUCUGAUGGAGCUGGAUCCACAUGCCAAUAUGCUGAGCUCAAUCAACAAUACACAAAUGACGGUGGUGAAAAUUUUGAGAGUGAGGACCGUGCCUGGGUUGUAUAGCUAUUGGCGGGAAUUGAAAUUUCAAAUAUUUGCGAGCUUCCUCUUAACCCUAAUUGUCCUGAUUGUAGCCGCCACUUGGUAUCAAUCCCAUUUGAAUGAACAGCGCCUGCAGCAUCCCAAUAUCUCCGUGAUAAGUGGCACCAAGGUAGAUCAUGCCAAUAUGCAGCAAAUCUCCGCCACGGAAAAUGGCAAAUCUUUUGAACUAUAUCAAAUGUCCACACUAAAUGAUAACAAUAACUGUAGCUCCGCAGAAUCUCCAACACCUGGGGAUAUAAAUGGCAAAAAAUCCCCAUAUCGGAAUGGACAACAUGAUUUCGAUAUCAAUUCGAAUAGGAAUGGUGAUGCGGAAAACAAUAAUAAUAAUACGAAUAACAAUGGCACACAUACCCCGCAACAUGAUACCGAAUAUCGUAUAGAGACGACCAGCAAUGCUGGGGCGACAGAGACCUAUGAGGCCAAACAGCAGUUGGGUUUCCAUGAACAAGUUUUAUUGUGUUUUGCCUUUCAAACGAAUGCCACCAGCAUUCUGAAUGUGGACGAGGCCAAAGAGUCCCAAACAUCCUGUGUACAUGGCUUGCGCGUCAUAUCCGUACUCUGGACAAUAAUGGUACAUACAUAUCUGCAAAUAUUCAAUAUUGGAGAAAAUCGGUUCACCCGCAUCAUAACCGAACGCACCAUAUGGUAUCAAUUUGUUGGUAAUGCCACAUUUUCCGUUGAUACAUUCUUCUUCAUUAGUGGAUUUUUGGUGACCCUGCUGUAUUUGAAACAGGAGCGAAAGGUAGCCGAUCGCACUUCGCAAUUUAUGAAGAAGGGGUUUGUGGACACAUCAAUUGUGAUUAUUUACCGAUAUAUACGUCUGACGCCCACAUAUUUAUUUGUGAUAUUUUUCAAUGAUUUUGCAACGAGGCAAACAUUUGAUAACUCGGUGUUCCAGCCAACCGUGCCGCCCAACACUUGUGGCAAAUAUUGGUGGCGCAACAUUCUGUUUAUCAACAAUUUCUAUCCGCUGAGUGAGAUCUGCAUGAUUUGGAGUUGGUAUAUGGCAAAUGAUAUGCAAUUUUUUAUUAUGGCCUCCAUUUUGCUGAUGUUUUCGACAAGAUAUUCCAAGGCCGUUAUAUUAACACUGGCCACAUUUUUGGCCUCAUCUUGGGGAGUGUCGGGUGUAAUCUCCCUACGCCACCACUAUACCCACAAGGUAUCCAAUCCCUUUGAAUCCUUUGACUUUUUGUAUGAUAAACCCUGGCAACGGGUUGGUCCUUAUAUUAUGGGUAUGCUAACCGGUUAUAUUAUGAGCAAAGUGCGUACAGCACCCAAAGUUUCGGGACGCCUGAAUGCCUUGUUAUGGUCGGUGAGUUUGGGUUUAUUAAUACUCAUAAUUUGUGGUGUUUGGCAGGGUGAACUUGACGAAGUCUCGACGGCUUUUUAUGUUAGCAUUGCCCAUACAGGUUUUGGUGCCGCUCUCAUCUGGAUUGUCUUAUCCUGCUGUUGGAAUUUAUCACCCACCAUGAAUCGCAUACUCUCCUACCGCUGCCUUUGGCCAUUGUCCCGCCUCACCUAUUGUGCCUAUUUGAUACAUCCCGUUAUAAUGCUAAUUACCGGCUAUCAAAUGGAUGGUACCAUACAUUUAAAUCCCUAUUUUAUUACCGUCAUCUUUUUUGGUAAUGCUGUUGUCUCUUUUAUUGCCGCGUUCUUUAUAUCGGUGGCCUUUGAGGCACCGGUAAUACGUCUGCUGAAAAUAGUAUUUCAUAAAUAA